GACGGCCUGAAGCAGUGCCUCUCCGAAUUCAAGCAGCAGCUGGCUUGGGUGGAAAGGCUGGAUGUGACUUUGGGCCAGGUCGUGGACCCCGUUUCACAGAGUGCUUCUAACAAAGAUGCUGUUGAUCCUGAGAAUGAUUUCCAGAGAGAGAUGAGCUUUUACCGGCAGGCUCAGGCAGCGGUCCUGGAGGCCCUACCUAGGUUGCGUAAGCUCCAAGUUCCUACUAGAAGGCCAGAUGAUUACUUUGCAGAGAUGGCCAAAUCGGACCAACAGAUGCAGAAGAUUCGACAGAAGCUUAAGAGUAAACAGGAAGCAAUGGAGAGGUCUGAGAAAGCAAAACAGCUCCGUGCAAUGAGAAAAUAUGGCAAGAAGGUGCAAACUGAGAUUCUGCAGAGGAGACAGAAGGAGAAAAAAAAUAUGUUGAAUGCAGUCAAGAAAUACCAGAAAGGUCUCUCUGACAAGCUGGAUUUUCUAGAUGAAGAGCAGACGUCAUCUCAGGGGACUAAAAAAGGCAAUGCAAGUCAACGGAUAAAGAAGGGACCAAAUGCCAAAAGACGAUACAAGAAUCAGAAGUUUGGUUUUGGUGGGAAGAAGAAGGGCUCAAAAUGGAACACAAAGGAGAGUUUUAAUGACGUAUCCAGCUUCCGGUCAAAAGUGGCUCACAACAAAGGCCUAGGAAAAGCAGGAAAAGGAGGGAAAAAAGCCCUCAAUAAGAGACCUGGAAAGAGAACAAGGCAGAAAAUGAAGAGUCGAGCGCGCUAAGAGGACUGUGCUCCCCAGUGGGGUUCCAGUGUUUCUGUGUGUGGCAAGAUGUGUUUCUGCUGUCAUCAAGCACCUAACUGUGGAGCAAGCUGGAUGCUUCCAAGUGGCUAGCAAAAAAAAGUGGAAACUAGUGCCUUAUCACUAAUUUCUUCUUACUGUCUGUUAUGUUGAAGGAUUGUUUUCUACUUAAACCUUUGGUGUGUGAACACAUUAAAUGGUUUGCACAGAACUAUGUCUAAUUCAUGUUUAGCUGUGUCAAGAAUGGUGGCUGAAGCCUGCCAUUUGUUCCCGUCAUUUUGACAGCUUUUUCUACAGCUGUUGUUGACGUGUAUUUGGUGAACUUCGAGUUCUGGGUCAUGUUGCCAAUGUCAAAAUAAGAAGUCUAAAGCCUGUCAAGAUGUUAAA